AUGUCCUUCGGCCCCUUCCACUUUCCGCGUGGCACUACCUCCAACUCCGCCUCCACCAGUAACCACGUAGAUGCGCCAGCAAAAUGCAUGUUCUGCGGCGGCGAGAACUGGAUGGUCGACUGCGAAGUUCGAGUCGCGCUACUAGCUGCAGAAAGAGAGAAAAGUACAAAAGAAGUCGUGGACGCCGUUGCAGGCAAAGCCAAGCCGGUUAGAAGGAGCGAACAGGAUAGAAAAAAAGGGCGAGAGGUGGAAAUUUGGGGGCGGGUCGUGGAAGGUGGGGUGAUUAAUGGACUCGGUGGUGCCUGUGUAAUUCUCUAG